UUUUGAUUCUUCCUUCCUUCUUUUGUUGUUCGUUUUUAGUGAUCAAGAAGGCUGCUCUUAUCUUCUACGUUUAGUUAGCAUUGCACAACGAAGAAGAAAUUGACUUGCUAGAGUUUGAUAAAUAUUAAGUCCUCCAGUCCACGAUUUCUAUAUUCAAAUAUGGAGGAGGGCGAGAAGCAUGGGGAAGAAGCGACAAGCAACAAGACGGCGCAAUGCUCGGUGAUCUCCAUCUACCAGGCCAAUAUCGUUGGGGUGCCCCGAAAUGUGACCGUUGUUUGGAGCAAGAACCUCAUGAACCACUCCCUCUCAGUCUCCGUGGAGAAGUCCAACGGCGACAGCCCGUUGACGUGCAAGGUGGAGCUAAAGCCGUGGCCCUUUUGGAGCAAGAAGGGCUUCAAGUCCUUGGAGAUCGACGGCGAGCGCGUCGAUCUCUACUGGGACCUCCGGUCGGCGAAGUUCUCGAACGGGCCGGAGCCCUCCGGAGGCCACCACUACGUUGCGCUUGUAUGCAACGAGGAAGUCGUCCUCCUGCUGGGCGACUGCAAGAAGGAAGCCUACAGGAGAACCAAAUGCAGGCCUGCGCUGGAGAGCGCCGCAUUGGUGUCCAGGAGGGAGAACGUCUUCGGGAAGAAGUGUUUCACGACGAGGGCAAGAUUUGAUGAGAGGAAGAAGGAGCACGACAUCGUCGUGGAGAACUCGAUCUCAGGGCCCCAGGAUCCGGAGAUGUGGAUCAGCAUCGAUGGCGUCGUCCUGAUCCAUGUGAGCAACCUCCAAUGGAAGUUCCGGGGGAAUGAGACGGUGCUCGUCGAGAAGGUGCCGGUGCAGGUGUUCUGGGACGUGCAUGACUGGCUCUUCGGGUCCCCGGGAACGGGGCAUGCCUUGUUUAUAUUCAAGCCGGCUGCAGAGGGAGACCGCAAUGGCAAUCCAAGCUCUCCAGCUCCAGAGUUUUGCUUCUUUCUUUGCGCUUGGAAGACGGAGUGAUGUUCGAGCACUGGAAUGUCUCAAAAGAAACAUGAUAUGAGAGGUCUGGGACUGGGACGAUGCUUUCGAUCUGAAUGCUGAAAGAGCUCUCUCCCUCCUUAACACUUCCAUGCGAUGUAACUUUUGAAUUCUGGAUGAUGUGAUGAUGGAGCAACCCGUCGUUCAAUCAUUAACAAUAUUAUUGAACUGAACUGCAGGAUACUUUACAAUAUCGUAUCGGGUGGUUGUUUUGAUU